GUGUGCAGCUCCCAGCCGCUAGGAGCAACAAGGAGGAUCCGUGCCCGGGUCCCAGCGUGGAGGAGGAAGCGUUCCCAAGUCCCAAGCCCACAACACAGACGGGACAGCCAAGAAACGGCGGGGAGUAGUUAUUUCACUCUACUUUUAGACUUUCUGCACAUGGGGAAAAGAAAUGACUUCUACAGCGAGCGAAAGAAGGGCGUUUGCUCAUAAAAUCAACCGGACGGUUGCCUCAGAGGUCAGAAAACAAGUUUCCAGAGACUAUGGAUCUCCUCAAUUGUCAAAGAAGCGAGGAGCAGCACACCACCCUCUGCCCCUGACUGAUGUGGUGGAGCCCAUAGACUUUGAGGAGUAUGUGAGCAGCCAUGCCCCGGGGGUGGAGCCUGGGCCUCUGCGACAGCUCAUAGAGUUUCCGCCCGACGAUCUGGAGCUCCUCCAUUUGGACAAAGAGUGCACUACACUAGAGCCCCCGCUGCCUGAGGAAGACGAUCCACUGGAUCCCAGAGUGAGAGACGCCUUGGCAGUCUACACAGAUGACUGGCUCAUCAUUCAAAGAAAAUACCAGAAAUAUAGCACUGUGCACACACCUCUAAACUCUGAGCGGCAGAGAGAAAGGCAGCGAGGGCUGGUCAAACAGACUUUUGAACUGGAUGAGGCCGCCGUAGCUGAGCGUCAAGACGAUCAGGAUGACGUAAAGCGGCGCUCUGUCAGUCUGGAUGAAACCCCGCGGGGCAGUUGGGCCUCCAGUAUCUUCGACCUAAAGAACUCCUCCCCAGACGCACUGCUGCCCUCUGUACUGGAGCGCACGGCGGCCGAAGACCUGGACCGCCGCAACACAGAAGCACGGCAGCGGGAUCGCCAUGGUGACCUGCUCGGCCUCUAUGCCCCUCCUGAUGAGGAUGAGGCUGUGGAGAGAUGCUCUGUCCCAGAAGUGCCCAAAGAACAUUGUGGCCAGAGAAUCAUGGUUAAGUGUUUGUCUCUGAAGUUUGAAAUUGAAAUUGAGCCCAUAUUCGGGACACUCGCCCUUUAUGAUGUCAGAGAAAAGAAAAAGGUAUGUUUUAAUUUCUACUUCGAUCUCAACUCGGAUCCAAUGAAAGCUCUUCUCAAACCUCACACACCUCACACAGCAAUCUCCACCCUGGCUCGAUCGGCCAUUUUCUCAAUCACAUACCCUUCUCCUGAUAUAUUCCUUGUCAUAAAGCUUGAAAAAGUCCUUCAACAAGGUGACAUUGGAGAGUGUUGUGAACCGUACAUGGUGAUAAAAGAGUCUGAUUCUACCAAGAACAUACAAAAAGCUGGAAAAUUGAAGCAGCAGGCAGAGCAAGCGUGUAUUCGUUUGGGGCGAUUUCGAAUGCCUUUUGCUUGGACGGCCAUUCACCUCCUGAACAUUGUGAGCAGUGUGGGGGGCCUGGAUCGACUGGACCCUGAUUGUGACACAGAACGGAAAGGUCAUGGGACGUGGAAUGAAAGAAAGAAGAAGGGAUUUGAGCGGAUGAGUGUUGGCGAAGACAUGUGCAACUUUGCUACUUUCCGACCAGCUACACUGACAGUUACAAACUUCUUCAAACAGGAGGGAGACAGACUCAGUGAUGAAGACCUUUACAAGUAUUUGGCUGAUAUGCGCAGACCGUCCUCUCUUCUGAGAAGGCUAAGGCCUGUUACGGCCCAGCUGAAAAUUGACAUCUCCCCAGCCCCAGACUCUCCUCAUUACUGUUUGUCUCCUGAACUGCUGCAUGUGAAGCCGUACCCUGAUCUGCGCGUGCGACCCACCAAAGAGGUGCUGGAGUUUCCAGCCCGUGACGUGUACACGCCCCACACCACCUACAGGUGA